AUGGCAACGGCUUCGACUUCUACUUCGCUAUCUGACCAUUCAGUUUUGAAAUCAUUGUCAAAACGCAGUAACAAUGAAACGUGCUUCUCAGACGGUGACCUUACCACCGAAAUUUAUGAUUGUGUUUCCACUCAUCUCCAAACCUUAUCGUUUCACGAAUUUCUCACUAUCGGGAGGGCUCAAAACAGGAUGAGCAGGAGAAAUGAAGCCGAUGAAGAAGAAGACGACGAUGAUGAUGACAGCGGAGAGAGUGAUUCUAGCGAGGAACAACAAAUACCAGUCGUUUUUGGUCCUCCCACGAUCUCGAAGAAAGGUAUCAUGACGAAACUUGAACUCCGCCUGUUCAUUUUUAAUCUCUGGCUUCGAAGAAUAGAACUUAUACGACAGAUGGAUACAAAGAAAUGCCAUGGCUAUCAAGAUUUUGAACAUGCCGUAUAUCACGCCCAAGAAGUAACCAAAGAUUACAGAGAGUUUAUUUACAAACAGUUCGACGACAUGGAACUACGACAGAUGCUGCCUCACCACGAAGAAAUCCACGAAAAAGCGUGGGAUAAAAUCUUGGAAGAGAGGGAAAAGACUGAUUUUCAAAUGUUAGAUGGAGAUCUAGACAGGUUUUGUUCCUAUGAGGCUUGCCUCUGUGCUUUGCUCGGCCUUCGGCCCGACUUCCUCGACCGCCUGAAAGAAAUGCCACCAGAGGACUGCGACCAUCUUAAGAUAUGUGAUUGGAUCAUAACUUUCUUACACAACAACUAUGAAUCAGCUAGUCCAGCGAACAGAAGCUCUCCUAGCAAGGAAUUGCUUGCUUCUAUCGGUUUCGAUCCUCUCAGUUCAUCUGUUGAAACCAUCAUGGCGCGCGCAGGAAGUACGCAACAUCACAUUGAUGCGUGCGAAAUGGCAGAAAUUUUUAUCAGAGACCAGUUCAAGUACAACAUUUUGCUCUCGCCUGAAGAUUCAAGAUUCCCUUUGAAAGACGAUUACACAAACAUAUGGUUUCAGCUCCCCGAACAGACCAGCGAUGAAGAAAAUGAUAAAGUUCCAGUUAGCCACAUCAACAUCCAGAACCUCGUGACAGUACCAUCUCUCGCUUCUAGUAGCAUUCGUUCGAUUCUCGUCGGCUUAGUGACAAAGGAAGAUCAAAACACUGUUCUGUUUCAUGGUACAGAUCAUCAAAGCGCCUGCGACAUUUUAUUUCGAGGAAUAGAUUUGUGUCAAGGACGACAGAAGCGAGACUUUAGCUGUGGAUCAGGAUUUUAUUUGACUGACAGUAGCGAAGAAGCUCUAAACUGGGCAAAGAAUACAACGGCGAAACCAGCUCUGUUAGUUUUUCAAGUAAAUCGACAGGAGCACUUAGAUAAUGCAAAAAAACUGAACCUAUUUGAAAAUGAUCAAAAAUGGCGCGAGAUUGUGUCCUCAUUUCGAUCAGGGAAGAAAACCGCCAAGACACGAAAGAGCUUAUGCGCGUAUGACUUGAUUGAAGGGCCAGUUGGGACAAUGAGAAGGAACGACUCCACGGAUGAGGUUACGUUUGAGCCAAAACGUUCCUCCUCUCAAGUGUGUUUGAUUUCUGAUGACUUUGCGGAGACUUUCAGAAAAACGCUUCACUCGAUUAUAUUUCUAGACAUUUGUUGA